UUCCUAACAGAGGUCCCUGACUUCUCUAGAAUGUUCCCAAACUUGGAGAGUUUGAAUUUAAAUGACUGUACAAGUUUAGCUGAGUUGCAUCCUUCUGUUGGAUUCCUUGAUAAGCUUGUCCACUUCAAUCUCAAGGGUUGCUAUAACGUUAAGAUGUUUCCAAGAAUAGUCAACAUGAAAUCUCUGCGAUAUUUUCAUUUGAAUGGCUGCGAGAGGCUCGAGAACUUCCCUCAAAUUGUGGGAAAGAUGGAAUCCUUAAUAGAAGUGGACGUAUCUAGAACUGCCAUCAAAGAAGUGCCUCCAUCUAUUGGAUAUGAUCUCUUUAAUCUUCAAAAUUUGUCUUUAUAUUCAUGCAAAAACCUUACAAAUCUGCCACCCAGCAUUUAUGAGUUGCAAGAGCUACGGAGACUUAAAGUCACAGGUUGCCGAAAACUGGUGCUACCUUCAAUUCCGAAGAAGGUGGAAUACUGUGAAGUGCCAACUCCAACGUCCAGCUCAAAGAUUUCACAUUAUGGCAAGGCAACUUCAUCAGAAGGAGAAAGUGAUUGUGACGGUGGUGGUGAUGCUGAUGAUGAUCAAGGCAAUUUAGCGUUUCCUUCACUACGUUACUUCCUUGCGGGAGGAUGUACUUCAGACUGUGAUUUUAUUGUGAGGCUGGGUUGUGUCUCCACCUUAAUAGAGCUUGAUUUUUCAGAAAGCAAUGUUGUUAGUCUUCCAGCUGGCCUUACCAAAUUUAUCAACUUGGAGGAGCUUAACUUGAGAGGGUGCAAGAGGCUUCAAGAAGUUUCGGAGCUUCCACCAAAUUUGAAAGUGUUAAAAGUGGGAGACUGCCUAUCAUUGGAAAGAAUUUCAAAGUUAUCAAACAUUUUGAAACAUCAAGAAUCGCAAAUGUUUGAGUGGCUGGACUUGACCAGUUGCUGGAGACUGCGUGACAAUCUGGUUCAGGAGGCAGAGACGAAAGGUUUGUUGGUGAAUUAUGAUCAUCAGGUGGAGGCUGAUCUCUUCUCUCUUUUUCUCUCUUCUCAGAAGUCUGAAUUCGGGGUUGUAUUUCCAGGUUAUGAAAUUCCCAAGUGGUUGAGCUGUCGAAUGGAUUUCAGAGGGAAUUUACUGUUUGAAUUUGAUAUUCAAGUCCUUCCUAAUUUCAAAUGGGUGAACACAGGAUUGGCUCUAUGUGUUGCUGCCGAAGAGAUGCUGGAUUGGGGAUUCGAAAUUGUUAUCAACGAAGUACUACUGCCGAUUAGUAGGUUACGUAAUCGUAUCAGAAAUGGUAUUUGGAAUGCUGGAGCUAUUUCGGAUGGUGUGUGGCUGUUUUAUAUACCGUUCGGUAGAAUUGAUAUGGGUCUGUUUGAUAAUGAGUGUCCGCUGCCACCUUUUCAAUGUCGAGUUACUAUUUUUCAAAUACUCGAUUCUAACGAAGUUCCCAUGAAAAGCUGCGGAGUGCACCUGGUAAUGCCACCAAAUGAAGAGUGUAUGAAACUAUCCCACGCCUGGAACCUCAGCGAUGAGAAUGUCUGGUGACCACCUGGGUUGGGUAUCCAAGUGGGGUUUAACAGUGCGUGUAACACACGCUCUGUUGAUGUUAACCGUUUUGCAAGGAAUACCCAAAAAACGUGGAGGUCGGUAAAAUUAUGUCAAUCACAUGCACUGCACAUGCUGCCUAACUGAAACAAAAAGGGUGAUGACCCACAUUUUUGCGUCGGCCGUUUUGGGAGGAGAGAUGGAAUCAGUGUCGUUCGACUACGAGAGAUGGGCUCCAGCUCGAGAAUCGUCUAAUCCCGCAUGUUUGCCGCCGACCUAUCGAUCCCCCUUACUCGCCGCCAUGGCCUCAGCUCAAACCUUAGAGCGAGCUUAGCAGAGCCCGGAUUUGGUUGACGAAUUAGGAACACCGGUGCAAGGUGAUAGGGUCGAGCAAGGAAGAUAGGAAAGGCAACAUGGAAUUGGAAUUUAAGUCAAAAUCCAGAGGACGUCAUGUGUGUUCAGGUGGAUUGGACUACAUUGACGUACUGUAAACUUAGCUGUUUGCAGCAUAAGGAAAUCUUAGUUCACUUUCUAAAAGUCUUGGGCUUCAUGGGAACAAUGACUACCCCAUUCCUCGAGUAUUAUCUAAUUCUGAUGGGGUUCAUAUACAUCAGAUCUUGCUCUUCUCUGAUAGUCUCAAGGUACUGUUGGAGUUCCCUCCUCAUGCUAGACAUCUAAUUAAUAGGUGUUAUAACCCAAGUUGGACUUUGUCUUGGAGAAAAGAAAAAGAAAAGAAAAGAAAGAGGGGACAUUUCAAUUCCCUAACAGAAGGCAUGCAGCAGCUGGAGUUAAUUGUGUUGGUUAUCUCUUCUCUUCCCAAGGAGACUAGAAGGGUCUUGUGAAAAGAAGAAGUCAUCAGCUAUAUGUAUUAACCUCCAGUAGUCUUAGCUGCAUAGAGAGUGGGUAUUCAUUGUAAAAGGAGAGAAGAAAGAAAGCAAUCCUUCUUUUACAAUCUGCAUAGAGUGUGUAUCCAAGAGUGUUUCUCUUGAGAGAUUUUCCUCUAGUGUUCUAGAGAGAUUGGUGAUUGUAAUCCCAUUUUCAUAGUGGAAGUUCUUCGGAGAUUGUCCCGUGGUUUUUCCCUUCACAUUGAAGGGUUUCCACGUUAAAUUCUGGUGUCUCUUUGUUGUUCUUAUAUUUCUAUAUUGCUGCAUAAUCUGCU